UAGAAGGAGGAGAAGGAGAGCGGAUGUUUACGUUUUAAAAGGAACUUCAAACAAGUUUAAUUUCCUCGUGAAAGUCCUAAAACAUCACGAUGUGGGUUCGUCCAGAGGAGGUUCUUAUUGCAAAUGCUUUGUGGAUCACAGAGCGGGCGAAUCCAUACUUUGCGCUUCAGAGACGCAAGGGUCACGGAGGGGGAGGAUUGACCUCUCUCGUUAUUGGAACUUUGGACUCGGUCCUGGACAACAAGUCUGCGCCUUACCGCAUCUUACACCAGACACCUCAGUCAGAGCUCUAUCAUACCAUAGCAACUGCACUUCACAAGAAAGACAUCAUAAAACACUGGGAAUGGAUUGAACAGAAUCUCAUGGUGACUCUCGAUAACUUUGAAGCAGACGAGGAUGUGACUGAGUUUGUGAAGUGUAAGAUAGAGAGCCUGGUGGCCAACGUAGAGACGGCAACACCCACAGAGACUAAAGAAGAUGAGGAGAGCAAACGUUUCAAGGCCGCCUCUGAUAAAUGGAGACGGCUCUUCAACAUACCCGAAGACGAGAAGCUUGUCAACUAUUAUUCGUGCAGUUACUGGAAGGGGCGUGUCCCUCGCCAAGGCUGGCUCUACCUCAGCGUAGAUCACUUCUGCUUCUAUUCCUUCCUGAUGGGGACCGAGUCCAGGCUCCAGAUCAGGUGGACUGAGGUUACUCACCUAGAGAGGAGUAACUCUAUCCUCUUCCCGGAGAGCAUCAGAGCCAAGACGAGAGAGGAUUCCUACUUCUCCAUGUUCGUCCAUCCCGAGGAGACGUUCCAACUCAUGCAGCAGCUCGCUAACCUGGCCAUGAGACAGCUCCUAUCGGAGGAAGGGUUCUCAGAAGACCUCAAUCUGCCAGAUCGCUCAAAAGUCAAGAAAAAAGCCCCAAAGAAGGUUUCCUCCCUCAAGCGAGAUCUAGAUGCUCGAGCACGAACUGAAGCUUACAGGAGGGUGUUCCGUCUACCGGUAGGCGAGAAGUUGGACGGCAAUAUCCCAUGUACGCUGUGGGCCCCGUACAACAAGUCAAACAUUGGAGGUACCAUGUAUCUCUCUAGGAAUUACAUCUGUUUUGCAAGCAGGAUUAAAAACCUGGUGCAUGUGCAAAUUCCUAUGAGAGAUGUGACGGUCGUAGAGAAGGUUGAGAAUUCAUCCCUCAUCACCCAGGGACUACAUAUAUCAACAAGAGCUAAGAUGACUUUCCUUUUUGCCCAGCUAACCGAAAGGGAUUUUCUGGUCCAGCACAUUGCUGACUUUCUUGCAAAAACAACUGAAAAUGCAAGGCCUACGGGAGACAGCAUCUCUAUAGCCUCGUCAAACGAGGGCAGUAUGACAAUCCCACAUCGCACGACCUCUGACCCCAUGCAAAGCAUGCUGGGUACCAGCUACGGUAGCAACGAGAGUGAUCCCGACCCUUCUUCUGCAUCUACUAACUUCUCAUCCAUGAUGUAUUACUCUACUGUGUUAACAGACCUCAACGAUUAUGAUAAUAGUGCAUCUGGUGAAACGAGCAGCGAACCAGCCAAUCACAGCAUGGCAUUUCAGCUCCAACCUGCCUUAGUGAAGCUGUUCAACAGACGGGGGUCGGACGAAAUCUCGGCCAGAGAGUCAGUGAAAGAACAUCUAUGGAAUAUGCACUUCAAGGAGUAUGGGAGGGGUGUGUGCAUGUAUCGUACAGUAGAGACCCAGCAUCUGAUCGUCAAGGGUCUACCAGACAGCAUAAGAGGCGAGAUGUGGAUGCUAUAUUCUGGUGCUAUAAAUGAGAUGGCUACCCAACCAGGCUACUACCAGUCGCUAGUUGAAAAGAGUCUGGGAAAGGAGACUAUCGCAACAGACGAGAUAGAGAGAGACCUACACAGAUCACUACCUGAGCACCCUGCCUUCCAGUCAGAGCUAGGUAUAGCAGCCCUCAGGAGGGUCCUUACUGCCUAUGCCUAUCGCAACCCUACCAUUGGUUACUGCCAAGCAAUGAACAUAGUCACAUCGGUGCUGCUCCUGUAUGCCAACGAAGAAGAGGCCUUCUGGCUUCUAACAGCCGUAUGUGAACGGCUCCUACCAGACUACUACAACACUAGGGUCAUAGGAGCUUUAGUUGAUCAGGGUGUGUUUGAGGAAUUGACAAAGGAAACCAUGGCAGAGCUCUACAUGAAGAUGGAUGAACUAGGCAUGCUGAGUAUGAUCUCACUUUCAUGGUUCUUAACCGUCUUUCUCAGUGUGAUGCCGUUUGAGAGCGCAGUUAACAUCAUGGACUGCUUCUUCUACGACGGGGCAAAGGUCAUCUUCCAGAUUGCCCUGGCCGUCCUUGACGCCAACUACGAGGCCCUGCUCGAGAGCGAGGACGAUGGCCAGGCCAUGGUCGUACUGAGCCGCUAUCUGGAGAACGUGGGGAACCGCGAUGCCACCAUGCCUCACGUCCAUCAUGCGUCGGUCAUCGUAGGAAAUGAGGGAAAGGAUCCGACACGGGUUUCCGUGGAGGUAUCGGAGCUCAUCUACAACUCCUACUCAAAGUUUGGCUCCAUCUCCAACGAGAAGAUCGAGAAGAUGCGGUUGAACGAGAGACUGAGAGUCGUGCAGGGGCUGGAAGACACUGCCAGGAGGAGCGUCAUCAGGAGUCUAGUGUCGGACACGGCGUUUGGAACCAAAGAGCUGGAAGAACUUUAUCUCCUCUUUAAGGAGGAGUUUCUCACAGGUAACCUUCUCUCCAACACACCAAUCAUGGACCACGCCCAACACUUCCUCUCUCUGGUCAAGCUAGACCAAGAGAAGUACCUCACACUCUUCCUGGCCCUGUCCCCUUGGGCUACCGGCUCCCAGGCUGAAAAGCUUGCUAUAAGGUCCUUUAGGGUUUUGGAUCCUGAUCACGACUGCCUUAUCAACUUCAGGGAUUUCUCUUGGGGCAUGGGCAUCAUGUGCCGCGGUGAGAUGCCCCACAGGCUCCGGCUCUUAUACGAGAUGCACCUACCCCCUGCCCUAACGCCAGAAGACCUAGAGAGUCCCAGUGAAACUCACACAGAGUGCAGUACAGUGGAAGUCCCUUCACCAGACGACUGCGAUGUUGACGUGGGAAGUGCCGAUGAUGCUGACGAAGCCUUGGAUGCAGCAGAGUUCUUCGGACCGGACGCGACACCAUCUACCACAACUUCAUCUUCUACCGCCGUCCCAGCAACAGGAGCAGCCAAACCUCAGGAUUCUCCACAGCGUGCCAGUCUUGGUUCCAGCCCUCGAUCACCAUCAUCAGUGACCUCUCCUUCCAAGCGUUCCAAUCCGUUCCUGACGAACCCCGACCCCACCUUGCCUCCGCCCGAUGAGGAUACCGUCUUUGAGUUCGCCAGCGAUGAUAGCAGCCUCAAGAUCAGCAGCGAAUCCGUGAAGGAGACACAGAAACCUGUAGAGGGUUACCAGUUUUACCUCAAGAAAUGGCAGCUAGAGAAGGAGGCGGAGGAAAGAAGAAAGAGCUUUAAACAUCUACCUCGCAUGAAUCAGGAGCAAUUCAUCCAGCUCCUGAAGAGCCUCUACGACAUGUUUGUAGACCAUCCCGAGGAGCAGGAGCUCUACCGUUCCCUAGCAACCGUCGGAACCCUCCUCUUUGAGCUCGGGGAGGUAGGCAAGAGAUUCUACAAGCGCAGUCAGUCGUCUCCAGCCAAGACAUGGAGUGAGCCCUCAACGUCCAGUGCUUCACUCGGAGAGGAGGUGCACGAGGACUGCAUAGGUGCUGCUGCGAUGGGCGGUGAAACUCAAGGUGGUGAUGGCGUGGAAAAGCCUGGGGAGGAGUCUACUGGUGGUGUGCGUUGUGUUGAAGAGGCUGGGGAGGAGUCUGGAAGGGAAGCGGAUGAAGGUGUUGAUGAUGGUAGUCUCUCGGCUAGGAGUUGUGUGACUGGUGGUGAUGGAGAUGGUGCUUUAACGGAUGCGAUGAAGGCUGUGUCUAUUGAAGAGCCUGUUGAUGAGUCUAGCAAUGCAGAUCCCAGUGCUGUAACUGAACACUGUGAUUCAGAUCCUGCCAAAGUGACUGGAAAAGAGUCUAGCCCCAAUACCCCCAGCCACACGGCACAAUCUGACAACACUGCCGCAGCACUGCCUAGGCCAGACACACUUCCUACAGAACUGCCUAAGCUGGUGGAUAAUGAGUGGGCAAUUGCAUUUGAACAGUUCCUGGCUUCAAUGUUGAAUGAGUCAUCGUUGGUGAAGUUUUUUGAGAAACCUGUACAAGUCUCAGGACUAAUCGAGAGUUUUAGACAGCGCAAGGUUUUCCAAAGACAACUAAGUGACGUCAGCUUCAGUAGUUCUCCAUAAGGCACAGAUGACCAUUUCAUCUGAUGAAAUCUAUUUGAAAUACACAUUGAUUGAAAAAUGAAACCAUACAUUAUGACAUCAUUAUGACAUCAUGUAUAGGUCUAGCAACACAAGUGCUACAGGGGUACCUGUGCAAAUUGAGAAGUUUAGCUAACGCAAGGCUUACCAGAAACAACUAAGUGAUAUCGACUUUGGUACUUUUUGUGAUCCAUAGAUGGCCAUAACCAUUUCAAAUACACAUCGAUUGCAAAAUGAAUCCAUAUUGCUAUCACACCAUGGGCAACGAUACCAUAAGUGCUGUAGCUGCAUCUUUGCCGGUCUUGAAUUUGAGAUAUCGUAAAAUUUUCCAGAAACAACUUGGUGAUGUCAGUACUUUGCGAAAAGCCAUAGUAGGCCCUAACAUCAGUUGAAAUCUAUUUCAAAUACACAUCGAUUGAAAAAUGAAUACCUUUAUAGAUGGAGCAUUUUAGGCAACUCUAGGUUUUCCAGAAACAAGUAAGUGACGUCAUCUUCGGUAGCUCACCUCUAGAUGGCCAUAAUUUCAUUGGAGUGAAAUUGAUGCCCAUUAUAUGACACCAUCUACAGCGACACCACAAGGGCUACAAGUGUACCAUUAGCAGUUCAAGAAUUUGAGACAAUACAGAGUUUUCCAGAAACAUUGUAGUGAUGUCAGUUUCAGCAACCUUACAAUAUUAGCAAAAAUGACCAAAGGCACUCCUUUGCAUUUUGAUCUUCAAGGGUUAUGGAGAUAAUUCGAGAGCAGAAAAUGAAAGACCAUUACCAGAAUGACUUCCUUCACCUACAUUGUAUGUUACAAUCUAGAUUAUGGGAUAUUCUCGUCUCAAAAAAUGAUUGAAUCAUCGUUUAGCAUCCUUUUUUUUGACGAGACGGGAUUAGAUGUUUCAUUUCCCUUGUGGCCCUUCUCCAAACCUUCCAGUCCUAAGCAUCCGCCUGGGGGAGGUUUCAUAAAAUUUGUUAUC